AUGUGGAGUAGAUGGCGAAUUGGGUUAUUGAGACAAAGGGUGUGUUCUGUUAUGAAUAGAAAUCAUGGUUAUGUUGGAAAGGUUCAUCCUUUUGAUCCUUUCUUAUUCAAUUUGAAGGAUUUCAAAAUGGGUUCUGCUUAUGGUGAGAAGAGAAAAGGGGUUACAUAUUUUUCGGUUGUUAUGAUGAACCAAAUGAAAAGAGGUAUAUCUUCUGGUUCAUCGGAUAAUAAUGGCGAGAAGAGAGAAGAGAGUAUAUCUUUUUCUGAAGCUAAGAAGCUUAUGAGAUUGGUGAAUGUGGAAUCUCUUAAGAUGAAACUUGGUAUGGGAGGGAAAGAAGUUAUUGCUUUUAGUGAACUUGUUGAAGCUUGUGAGAGUAUGGGGGUUGCUAGGAAUUAUGAUGAGGCUUCUGCAUUUGCUAAGGUUCUUGAUGAAGCUGGUGUUAUUCUUCUUUUUCGAGAUAAGGUUUAUCUUCAUCCUGAUAAGGUGGUUGAUCUGGUUAGAAGAGCCGUCCCGCUAGCACUGACCGAAGAGAGUGAUCCAAUUAGGGAGGAGUUGCAGAAGCUUCUGCAAAAGAAAGAAGAAAUCGACAUGUUGGCGCAUAAGCAGAUGCGCCGCGUCCUAUGGUCUGGACUUGGUUUAGGCAUAGUCACUGUGAGUCUCUUCUUCAGGCUAACAUUUUGGGAAUUCUCAUGGGAUGUAAUGGAGCCUAUUACAUUCUUCACAACAACCACUGGCUUAGUCAUUGGCUAUGCCUACUUUUUAUUCACAUCAAGAGACCCUACUUACCAAGAUUUCAUGAAGAGACUCUUCAUUUCAAGGCAAAGGAAGCUUUAUAAGAGGUAUGACUUUGAUGUUGAGAGAUGCAAGGAGCUUCAAUACUUGUGUAAAAUACCUUUAGAUGCUAAAUCCAUUUUGAAAAAACGAAUAGGAGUCGAUCUUGAUCUCGAUGAUGCUUUACACAAGGAUUAA